AAGAAGAGCUUCAACAAGGAAAUGAAAGAUGUCGAUUGUUUUUGUGCCCAAAAAGCUUCGCGGCGAGGCUAAAAUCAACCAAGAAACCAUACAAAGGCUUUUAGACGAAAACGACCAGUUAAUAAGAUGCAUCGCCGACUACAUGAAAAAGGGACGAGCUGUGGAGUGUGUCAAAUACCAACAAUUCCUGCACCGCAAUAUUGUUUACCUGGCAACCAUCGCAGAUGCAAGCCCCGCUGACAGCACAUCAGGCAACACGUCACAGUCCGCAACGUGAUCAAAGUUCAGCAUCUUGCCCAGCACGAACACAGACGAAGGAAGCUUUUUGUUAUUUAUAUUGUUUUCAAACCAUUUUGUCAUUACACAAAUAUGGAUGUAUCAGGGACACCCAAAAUGCUUAAAGCAGAAUAAAGUACAACUAUGACAAUAAUAAA